CCGAAACCCCCACGCGGUAGUAUCGCGCAUCCCCAACCCCAACCCCUCCCCGCCUUGCGCCGCCGCCGCCGCCGCCACCGGCGCCGGCGAUCCUCCGAUGGGCGCCUCGGCCUCCGUCCUCUCCCUUCCCACGGCGGCCGCCAUCCCGGGAGCCGCCACCGCUAUAGCUGGCGCCGCGGGCUGCUUCGCCCUCGGCUACUUCCUCGCCCUCAGCCGCUUCCCCCGCCAGGUCGUCGCUGCCUCCCCCGCUUCCGGGGAGACCUCGGACGAGGAUUCCGAGGAGGAUUCGGAAGAAGAUGAUGAUGACGAAAACUCCGGCCGCAGCCGGGCGGCGAAGCGGGCGCCCAAGCGCGCCGGGCUCCGGCUGCUGUUCUGGGCGCGCAACGUGGUGACCAAGUCCGACUCGGCGAAGGAGGCCGAGAGGGCCAAGGCACGGACCGCGGCUAGCCCCCUGGAGGUCGAGAAUCUCGCUGAGAUUAUAGAGGAUUUCAAGAUGGUGCUGGUUGUGAGGAAUGAUUUGAAGAUGGGGAAGGGGAAGAUUGCCGCGCAAUGCAGCCAUGCAACGUUGGGUCUGUUUAAAAAACUCCAACAGAGAGCUCCAAAAUCAUUAAGAAGGUGGGAGAGGUGUGGUCAAGUUAAGGUGGUCGUGAAAAUUGAAAGCGAGGAAGAUAUGCUUGUUUUACAAGGAAGAGCAAAGUCUUUGAAUAUCCCAACACACAUAACUAUUGAUGCUGGAAGAACACAGAUCGCACCAAAUUCAAGAACAGUCAUGGCUAUUCUUGGGCCAGCUGACAUGGUCGAUGAUGUCACCGGUGGUCUGAAGCUUCUAUAAAUUCUUGUUCUCGGUAUCCUCAGACAUAGGAAUUUGAAGACAAACGCUUAAAUUUGACAAACCACAUUGGCUGCUGAAGAACGAACCCUGAAACUCAUCGGCUCACUCAAUCUUGUUGUUCGAGUAUUUACCAGUGAAGAGGCUUAAUUUCACUUUUACUUGUAUGAACUGUCUUCGGAGCAAUGGUUUUUUCUUUCUUCAGUUUUCCACUCUGCAUUUGUUGCUGUGGACGUCUGAACUCUUAAAUUUUUCUGUAACAUAUUAGAUAACAAAAGGGUAAAAGACUUCCUACUUAUCUUA